CGCGUCUCAUCACCUUGGAUCUCUCGCUUUUCGCUGAUGACCAUCAUUAAUAACUUUAACAAGCACUGAAAAAGGCGUAUGAAUGAUCAUUCACUACCUGAUCCACUUGAAUUCAGAAAAGCGUUAGCGAACAAGCUCUUGUUUUCAGUGGUUCUUCAUCAGACUAAUACAAUACGUGCGAAUGACAUGGAAACGUAAACAGCGGAUAAGGGUACAUGAUCAUAGGCCUAGAUGGACUAAGGGCCCAAGCUAGGUGAUUGGGCCUACAGUGAUCAACGGUGUGUGUGUGUGUUCUGUUCACCACGCAACGUGGCAGCAUUACAGAGGGCAAGGGUAGGGUGAGUACCCGGACGAAUUUCGUACGUGCAUAUAUAUCCUGAUCAUGAAAGCCGAUUGGCCAUCACUUCGGCCGCUGCCAAUAGGCGACAUCUGGCCGCCCUUUUAUGGCGUUUGCAUACACGGUAGAUGGGAUAGAACUGUGAUUGAAGAUGAAGUUGGUACUGCAAACGUUGGUACCUGGACAAUAAAAAGCAACAGUAACAGCAUUGACUUGGCGAAAAAUAUCUGUAAUGCAGAUGCAGAAGAUACACGCAAAUGUAAAGAGAUAACAUGGCAGCCACUACCUCGCACGAUAACAUGUAUAUCAACCGAUUUUACGAAUGUCGAUAUGUGGCCUGUUAAGUUUGGCCAUGAUACUCACACUAUACUUUUCCGGCUGGGAGCUGCUAUUUUCCAACACCUCGAUCAUGAAUUCAAAGAAGUAGCGCGACUUGCGACGAAUACAAAGUUGAAGCUGAAACUAACAACACACUGGUUUAUUCGAGAGUUGCAAAACGGAGAGCAAAGAUUGCGAAUAUGGACGAUGUGGGUUUUACACUGCUCUCCGAGCUGAAUGAUUAUUUUGCAAACGUUUCGCUGUCAGACUAGGUAACAUCAUCAGUGCGACUUUAAGGUCCUGUUUCGCAUAAUCUCCUAAGCGACUUCCAGAUCUAAGUGCUUAUUGAUCGAGUUCUGCU